CGGCUUCGGGCCGCGCUGCCCGGCGGGGCGGUGCCGGGGCGGUGCCGGCCCGGCGCCGGAAGGCGGGUUUGGUUCCGGGCCGCGCGGCGCCGCGGACUCGCUGUGGCGGGCUGAAGCGGUUCGAUGCCUUCCCCAAGACCCUGGAGGACUUUCGGGUCAAGACGUGCGGGGGGCGCGCUGGAUUUGAGCACCGAUGCCAGGGACGUAGCAGGAGAGCAGCAGCUGGAUGUAGAGCACAAUCUGUUUAAGCAACGUUUGGAUAAAGCUGGCAAUCGUGUGACUCCGGAGGCCGAGAGCCACGAGCUGGGGAAAGAAGAAGAAAAAGUGUUUGAUCCAAGUUCUUUGGAUGCGGAUCGCUGCGAGAGCUGUUACGGGGCAGAGUCGGAGGACAUGCGAUCAAUAUGACGCACUAUAUCGAGCAUCUCUCGUUUGGGAGGGAUUAUCCAGGCAUUGUGAACCCUCUGGACGGGACGGACGUCGCUGCGCAGCAAG